AUGUCUUUCUUCAAGAAGAUCGCCAAGGAGUUCGAGAACCUUGGUAUCGGCGACAAGGACGAGAAGAAGCAGGAGUCUCAGCAAGGCUAUCCCCAGGGCCAGGAUAACAACCGAGCCUACGGUGACGGCGGCCAACAGUACGGCGCUCCUCCUCCUCCUCAGCAAUACAGCUCUCCUCCUCCUCAACAAUACGGAGCUCCUCCCCCUCAGCAGUACGGAGCUCCUCCCCAGCAGUACGGUUCACCUGCUCCCCAGCAACAAUACGGUGCUCCUCCCCCUCAACCCGCCUAUCAGCCCCCGUCCGACCGCCCUCCUCUGCCCCAAGGUUGGACUGCUCAGUUCGACCAGAACCAGCAGCGAUGGUACUAUGUUGAGACAGCCACUGGUCGCACUCAGUGGGAGGCUCCUGGUCAGGCACCUCCCCCUCCUCCCCCGGAUUCUCGUCCUCCGUAUGAGUCUCAACCCUCUGACGGAUCUCGUGGUUACCCUGGUGCUCCUGGUGGAUAUGGUUCUCCAGCCCCUGGAGGCUACAGUGGUGCUCCUGGCUAUGGCGGCUACGCUUCUCCUCCUCCUGGUCAGGGUGGCUACGGAUCUCCUGCUCCAGGUGGUUAUGGAUCUCCUGCUCCAGGCUAUGGUGCCCCCUCUCCUUAUGGUGCCCCCUCUCCCUAUGGUGCUCCCUCUCCUUAUGGAGCCCCCGGUCAAUACGGUGGUCUCGCCAUCGGUGCUGUUGGCGGUGCCUUGAUCGCAAACGAGCUCAACGACAGUGACAGUGACCAUGAACACUCCGCAGCCGCCGCUGCUGCUCCUGCUGCUGCUCCUGCUCCCCAGGUUGUCAACAACUACUACGGAGCUCCUCCCGAGGAUCCCUAUGCCGCUGACCCUUAUGCGCAAGAUGGUCCUCCUGGUGUUCUUCCUCCUACCGAUGCUGACGGUAACUCCGUCUCGUCCAGCGACCGAGAAGAUGUUCAAGAGGCCCGUGAAGAGUACGAAGAAGCUCUGGCUGAAGCUAAUGACUCGGAUGCCAGCAGUAGUGAUCACGAGAGACUCGAGGAGGCUCGUGAGGAGUACGAAGAGGCCUAUGAGGAGGUGUACGAGGAUGAUUAA